GCUUUGGGAAAUCACUUCCAUGCUGCUCCAGGGUAAAGCAGAGACCGUCCCUCACUGGAAGAGUAAAGUCAUGGUGGAGCUCCAGCCACAGGAAGUCAUAGACGCAUUCCCAGGAUCCCCUCGUGUCCUCAACACGCAUGUUCGGUACAACCAACUUCCGGUACAAGCAAGAGAGAAGAAGUGUCGCAUUAUCUUUGUCCUGAGAAAUCCUAAGGAUGUUGUUGUGUCCUUCUUUAACCACCACAAGUCAUUCAAGAAUCUAUAUGGGGAGUACAAUGGAUCUUUAAAGGAUUAUCUCCCUUUCUACCUGGCUGGGAAAACGGACUACGGAUCCUGGUUUGACUAUGUCCUUGAGUGGGAGAAGGACAUCGAGGCCCAGCAAGACCGACACCCUAUACACAUAAUGUACUAUGAAGACAUGAAGCAGAAGCCCUUGGAGGAAAUCCGGAAGUUGGCAGUGUUUCUGGGAGUACCUACUGAUGACUCACUCUACAGCGCCGUGGCAGAGAAAUGUUCCUUUAAGAAUAUGAAGGGCGACAAGGAACCAUACGAUCCAAAGUUCAAGGGCCAACUUUUUGUUUACAGGAAAGGCCAAGUGGGAGACUGGCAGAACUGGCUGACACCGGAACAGAACGAGAUGUUUGACAAGUUGUACCAGGAGAAGAUGAAGGACAGCAAGUUCAAGGACAAAAUCAGGUUCACGCUUACAUAGGCACAUUGUAGGAUAUGACUCACAACGUAUACUAAAUGGUACAUAUAAUGACGGUAUAAAUACACAGUAAUCACUACCCCCAUGGACACAGCCAACGCUGUAGUAGCUGCUGUUCUAGUUUACAGAUUUUACCCAUAUUGUACGCAGACCAAACGGAGAAUGAGAAAUCCGAUCUCAAGCACGCAGGCUUGUAGUCAUUGUAGCCAUAUUGUUCAAAGCGAAAGAAUGCAUCGUAAACCAACCUCAGUAUUACUUCAAGCUUGACACGCUAACUUGAUAUUGGCAAAUACAAAUGGGUAUCUGAAGUUU